UAGGAACCGUCCCUUGGGAAGCGUCAAAAAUGGGACAUCUUGUCUCUGAAUAGGGGCCAAAGACUUACGACCAUGUGAAUCUGUUGAAUGAUCGCCUGGUAAAUGUGUAGGCCCUGGUAGUCAUCGAACCGAGACCGCACUCCCGAGUAGAGUUCUUGGGUCUGGCCUGGCUUGGACUGGAGACAUUUCACAGCCGAGAUGUACUCAAGCUGUUGCGUUUUGGACAGCGUUCUCCUAUUACGCUGUGUAAGUCCUCUUUCCCAUAUGCCGACCAAGCUUCAUGCGAGGGCUUACCAUUCUUUCCUGACAAUAGGGUUGAUGCAGCGACCGUUGGCUGUGUCAUUGGUUGUGCUGGAGGUAGGACUAGCCGACGUGACCUUGGUCAACACCAGCAGUGCCCCCGAUACGAGCCAUGGUAGACGCAUGAUGCAGGGAGGUGGGCUCCUCGGUUGGAAAAAUGAUCCUGCGGAGUUAUGGAAGUCCGAACAGGUUUUUCGCGAUUCUGGUGUGGGAGGUGGCGUCGCAAGGAAAAUCUAGACACUCCUUUCUCUCAGCAGUGACAAGACAAUUCAUAUAGGAAGCCACGAGGAGUCCAGUUCAUCAACACACCUGGGUCUCACCCCACAAACCCGAGA